GAUACUUUGCCGAAACAUCAAUUUAUUUGGUAACUAUAAUGACUGUUGAUCGUCUUUUAUUGCUGAAGUUCCCACUGAAAAAGAAGUUGCACUCUACACGAUUGGUUUGCAUUGUUGUUGCGAUUCUUUUGAUAAUUGUGGCUGCAAGAGACUCCCAAAUGCUUUUUUAUACCACAGCUUAUUAUGACACAAUACUUAAUGAGAAUGUGUGUAAUGUAUAUGGGGAUUUAGAUACAAUGGCAUUACCUAUUUGGAACAGCGUGAUGCAGAGUCUUAUACCGUUUGUUAUAUUGAUAUCUUGCAACAGUUAUAUCCUAUUCAAGAUAAAGAAUCCCUCAGAAGUGACUGUUGGGAUUGAUGAAAGUACAAAUCCGCCAGGAUCGGAAUCAUUCAAGGGGCGGCAAAUAAAUGUAACAAUAAUGCUGUUUAUUGUUUCAUUUGCAGUAAUAGUGCUGAACCUCCCAUUGAAUAUUAUGCUGUAUAUUGCCCAGCUGAACUAUGACAUUUUGAUGAGAAAAGAAUAUUUCAUAAUACUUUUAAGAGUAUCUGUAGCAUUAUAUUUUAUGAACAAUGCAGUUAACUUUUAUCUUUGUCUGCUUGGUGGGUCAAGAUUUAGGAGAGACUUCAGAAAAUUAUUAAUGAAAUUAAAGAUUUGUAAAUGUAUUGUAAAUGAAGUAAACCCAAUGGAGAGAGUUGAUGGAAAUUGUGAAAAUAAUCAGGCAUCCAUUGCAGUCAUUCCUGCGACCUGCUUGACGACAAGGUCUAGGUUUCAUGUUCAGAGUUAAUUUUAAAUCUAGGGUUACCAUUAGUUACAUUGAAGUAAUCAUCGUUAAAUGUACUUUUGUUGGUAUCUAGGGUCACCAUGGGCCCC